AUGCGUGCAGACGAGGAGGGUAGCGAGUCCGGCGACUCAGCUCCCCAGUCACCCCGUGUGGCUGCCGCCGCCACCGUCCGCCGCCGCCAGUUUGACGAUGAGGAGGAUGACGGCGACGUCCUCGACUCUUGGGAUGCCGGCGAGGAUUCCGAGGCAGAGCGCGAGAAGCAGCGCAAGGCUGCCGAGGCGAAGGCCAAGGCCGAUGCCGAAGCUGCUGCCGCUAAGAAGGCCAAGGCCGAGCGUAUCGCGAAGAACAAGGCUGCCAAGGCCAAAGCUGAGGCUGAAGCCGAGGCUCGGGCCCUGGCCGAACUCCAGGCCAACGCCGCCAUCGCCGCCGAGACCGACAGCCAGCGUCGUGCGCGCAUGGCCGCCGCCGAGAAGGAGGCCGACCUCGACCACGCCGCCGACCUGUUCGGCGAGGUGGGCAUCAAGAGCGGCCGCAAGGCCCCCACCGCCGGAGUCGCCGUCCCCGUCGGGCCGAAGGACUCGGCUGGUAACACGGUCAACAUUGGUGCCCUGUCCAUCUUCAACCCCACCACCAAGGCCCAGUUUGAGCAGCUGCGCAACACCAUCGGUCCCCUCAUCGUCGCCCACUCCAAGAAGCCCCAGUACGCCCUCUUCCUUCAGGACUUCGUCAAGCAGCUCGCUUCGGAGCUUCCCAGUGACCAGGUCAAGAAAGUCGCCAGCAGCCUGACCACGCUGAGCAACGAGAAACUCAAGGCCGAGAAGGCCGCCGAAAAGGGCGGCAAGAAGAGCAAGGCUGCCAAGACCAAGACGUCCCUCGUCACCGGCCGUGCCAAUCAGGAUAUUGGCACCUACGACGACGACGACUACGCCGACGAUGACUUUAUGUGA